GACCACGGCGCCUUGACCUACCAGGAGAGCAAGGUCUUCUCCGGCGAGGUGCACCUGUGUAAUGUCUACGUGCAUGAGAAGAGGGCGGUCGUAACUUUCGAGGUCUAUGGCCUGGACUCCCAGGACACGCUGCAGCUCGCGUAUCCGACGGCGGAGUUUGACGCGCUCUUCCGCUUCAACGCGGAGCUGAUGAACCCCAACCGGAAAGAGGGUCGAUACCAUUGGGUUAUUGCGCGGUUGGAGAUCGUGGUCGUUGGGAAGGAUCGACAGCAAGCUGCAGGUCGCCGCGAAGCCCACCGAGGAGGUGGCGCAGGUCCCGCAGUACGAGACCCAGCGGAAGAUACCAACAGGACGGGGCGCAUGGACCUGAAGGAGCGGCAGAGGCUCCGGGAGCAGAUGGACAUGCUCGAGAUCAGGCGCGCGGAGAACAUCCAGAAGAAGCGCCAGGCCAACAAGGAGACCCCGGUUCCUGCAGAAGAUCUUCCUGAUGAAGGAGGAGGACGGGACGCAAGGAAGAAGCGGGCCGUGCAGGAGAAGAUCGAGCGCGAGCAGGCUAUGAGGUUCGAGCAGAAAGCGCAGAAGGAAAUGGAGGAGGCCGAGGAGAGUUCCGGCGUAUGGAGGAGCGCAAGUCGAAGCGGACCGUCGCGGUGGAGGUGA